AUGGACGCGACCGACCGCAAGAUCCUGGCGGAGCUGCAGCGCGACGCCAGCCUGUCCAACACGGAGCUGGCCGCGCGGGUCGGUCUCUCGCCGACGCCCUGCUGGCGGCGGGUCAAGCAGCUCGAGGCCGGCGGCGUGCUGCGCCGGCGGGUGGCGCUGCUCGACGGCCCGGCGCUGGGGCUGGGCACCACCGUGUUCGUCGCCAUCAAGACGCGCCACCACACGGCCGAGUGGCUCGACGCCUUCGCCCGGACGGUGUCCAGCUUCGAGGAGGUGACCGAGUUCUAUCGCCUGGCCGGCGAGAGCGACUAUCUGCUGAAGGUGGUGGUGCCCGACAUCGCCGCCUACGACGCCUUCUACAAGCGGCUGAUCGCCGCCAUCGAGCUGAGCGACGUCUCCUCCGCCUUCGCCAUGGAGGAGAUCAAGUACACCACGGAGCUGCCGCUGGGCUGA